AUGGUUCCAAAUCUGGGGCCAAACUCAUCACUCGGCUACACUCCGUUCGAAUACUGGAAGGGCCCGAAACCUGUCAUUCCCAGGCCAAAACGCAAAUCAAGAGCCGUCGCCCUCGAUCUAGAACCGCUACUUCCCACCCCCACACCGGGCCCGAGGCCUCGCGCUGCCGCAACAUGGCCCGGUCAACAUGGCCUGAAGAAACCUCAACGCCCUCCUCCUCCCCCGAGUGCCUUCGUGGCGCAGCCACACUCGUUCAUCGCCUCGCCCAAUAAGGCGAAACCUUUUGCGGAGAUUCUCGUCGUCCCCCCAAAGGUCCUGGUGCAUCCACUUUUUCGAGACGAGAUAAAGACCCCAGACUGGCCCAGGGGAUUCUCCCCGUACCCGGACUCAAUGAACGACUCGACUUACAACAUCAUGGGCGAAUACGGUUUUUCAAACGAGCGCCUCGCCCAGAAGCCCGCCACCGCGUGGUGGGAUCCCCGGGGGUGGACGAAGCGUAUCUGGGCCGGUGUUAGUGCCGCCAUCAUCAUUCUCAUCGUUAUCAUUGUCGCCGUCGCCGUCACCCAGGCCAACGCCAAUCGAUACCCAGACUACUCCAAGCUGUCGUAUACGCUGAGUGACACAUACUCUGGAGAGGACUUUUUUGACAAGUUCAACUACUUCAACACAUAUGACCCAACGGGAGGAAUGGUUCACUACGUCGGCUCAGCUGAGGCAGCAUCACGGAACCUGACGUAUGCCACUUCCGACACAGCGGUGCUCCGUGUCGACAGCACCACCGGCAAUAGCUCCACCCCGGAUGCUUCGACCGGCCGCUUCUCCGUCCGCGUCGAGUCCAAGACGCAGUACAACAAGGGUCUCUUCGUCUUCGACGUCAAGCACACCCCGUACGGGUGCGCCUCCUGGCCAGCGCUAUGGUUCUCGGACCCCAACAACUGGCCCGACUACGGCGAGAUCGACGUCAUGGAGGCCAUCAACCAGGGCACCGACGGCAACCAGAUGACGCUGCACACCACCUCGGGCUGCAAGAUGGACGUCAAGCGCAAGCAGACGGGCAGCGUCCUCGAGACCGACUGCAAGAACUCGACAAACUCCAACGCCGGCUGCGGCGUCGAGGGCACCACCUCCUCGUACGGUGCCGCCUUCAACAAGGGCGGCGGCGGCUACAUGGCCAUGGAGUGGCGCGAGGAGGGCAUCCGCGUGUGGCAGUUCGCCCGCUCCAGCGCGCCGUCCGACAUCACGAACAGCUCGCCGGACCCGAGCGCCUGGGGCGAGGCCCUCGCCGACUUCCCCAACACGUCUUGCGACAUGUCGUCGCACUUCAAGAACCAGUCGCUCAUCAUCAACAUUGACGUCUGCGGCUCGCUCGUCGAGGCCAAGUACGCCGACUCGGGCUGCGGCGGCACGAGCUGCUCCGACUUUCAGGCCAACAACCCCAGCGCCUUUGAGACGGCGUACUGGGAGUUUGGAACCUUCAAGUUCUACUCAGCUUCGUGA